AUGUCUGUCGAAGCACCAAAGCCCGUCGAGGAGACGCCAGUCGUCGAGCCUACCAAGGUUGCCGCCGAACAACCAGAGUCCACGGCCGAACCCACAGAGACUGCUGCUGCUCCCGCUGAAACGACAGAGGCAACUCCUGCUCUCGCUGAGGAGCCCGCUGCUGCUGCAACAGAAGAGGCCAAGAAAGAAGAACCGGCCUCCGAGACCACCCCUGCUUCAGAGGGCGUGUUGGGAUACAAGGAGCCAACUUUCUUCAAGAAAUUCAUCUUCAGCAAGCAUUACUUUUGGUUCCAAGAGGAGCCUUCCACGGCCGAGUCAUUGACCAACUUCAUGAAGUCUGAGAAGGUUGAUGCAAAGCACUCCGACGCUGCAUGGGCACGUGAGACUGGAAAGGGUCUACUCUUCUACUCCAAGCGUGUCGAGGACAAGGCAACGCCUGCUGGUAUCAUCAACUUGUCCGAUGCCUCUAGCGUGACCAAGGAAGGUUUCCAAUUCUCCUUCAAGUCUGGUGCUCAUGUCCACCGCUUUGAAGCCUCAUCAUCAAAGGAACGAGACAGCUGGAUAGCUGCUGUUGAAAAGGCAAUUGAAGAGGCAAAGAGCUUGAAGGAAGACAUCACUGAGCGCGAGAGCUAUAAGAAAAACGUCGAGGAAUACUCCAAACCUGCAUUUGCCCCUGCUGCGGCCGCCGUGAAGACUUCCCGCUCCAAAUCCAAAGAACCAAAGAAGUCCGUUGACGCCUCUACUGCCGCUGCUGCUGCCGCUGCUGAUGCCGCUGCCACCUCUAGUGACGCAGAUGAGACCACAAAGCCUGCUGCUGAGCGUUCUCAGUCGCGGAAGCGUGGUAGCAUCUUCGGAACCCUUCUCAGCAAGAAAGAGGAACAUGCCGAGAAGAAGGAAGAGAAGCCAGAAGUUCCUGAAAAGAAAGAGGAGGCCAAAGAGACACCAGAGGCAGCCGAAGCUGCGGCAUCCGGUGCAGUGCCAGCUACAUCUGCCGCCUCUGACAAGAAGGAGGAGAAAGAAGAGGCAAGCCCCACUGAGAAGAAGGGCAAGCGUGGUUCUGUCUUUGGCAGCCUCUUCAGAAACCGAGUGGCAAGCCCAACCACUGAGAAAUCUGAAAGAGAUGCCAUGACAAGCAGUGAUGUUCCCCCAGUCUCUGAGACAGCUCCCAAGCUCGAGGAGCCGAUUGAGAACAAGCCCAUUGACACUGCGGCUGUCACAGCCCCAGUCGACACUGCCACAACUCCUGCCGCCGAAGAGACUGCCGCCGCUGGAGAAAGCUCCGCUGCUCACAAGGCGGAGAAGAAGGGCGGCUUGAUAAGUUUCAUCAAGAAGACUGAAGCCAAGCUCGAAGGCAAGAAGGAAACCAAAGAGGAGGCCAAAGAAGAUAGGGCUGCCGAGGCUAUUGCCAAGGAUUCCGUUGCUGCCGCCAGUACAGAAUCCACCGAGCCUGCUGCUACCACCGAGGCCGCUGCCGAGACCACUCCAGCUGCUACCGAGGAGCGCCCUGCUCGCGACAACAAGCGCCGUACCUCCCUUUUCUUCAACAAGAAGCAGCAGGAGACCGCCGAAGCCGAAGAUACCGUCGCUGAGCCAAAGCGGGAAAAGUCUCCUCUCCCAGGUGGCAAAUUCAUUGGCCAGCUUGUCCGUCGCGCUAGUAAAGCGAUCAAGUCCGAAGGGUCGAAGGAAAAGACUCCUGCCGAACCUGCUGCUGCUGCUGCUCCUGCCAGCUCGACUGAAGCUGCCGCCCCUGAGACUCCAGCUGCUGCUCCCGAAGCCGCCGAGACCAAACCUGCCGAACCUGUCGCUGAGCCCGUUCAAUCCACGCCCGAAGCUGUGGCCACGGCGGUCCCAGAGGUCAAGGCAACUGCUUGA